UUAAACCCUCGUCGGAACACUCUCGGACUUUUUAUCUCUCGUCGGAGCUCUCCUCCUCAGUGGGUAGAGAGAGAAAACGCCACGAUUUCUAGAGAGAGAAAGGAAAGCGAAGCUCAGAAAACAGAGAUUAGACUAUCUCUCUCGUGCUUUCUAGGUUAGGGUUUUUUUCCUUUUUCGUGUCGAAGUUCAAAGAGAAAAAGAAAAAGAAGCUCCGAGCUAAAAAUUAGACGUUAAAGGUGGAAAAGAUGGUUGGAAUGGGGAAUUCUGGAAUUGUCUGAGGGUUGCAGCAUGAGUUGCAGCGUGAGGAGCGGCGGAAGAGAAGGGAGGGAGCGCGAGCAAGCCGUUUUGAGGAAGUCCGUGGAUGUCGAGACCAACUCGGGCUCGCAGAAUGGUUUGAUUGCUGCCCAGCAGCUGACAAUUGACGAGAAUUUGCUGGUGGACCCGAAAUUGUUGUUUAUCGGGGCGAAAAUUGGUGAGGGAGCACAUGGCAAGGUUUAUGAAGGAAGAUACGGUGAUCGAAUUGUUGCUGUCAAAGUCCUCCAUCGUGGGAGCACUACUGAAGAAAGAGCUGCGCUUGAGAGUCGUUUUGCCCGUGAAGUUAAUAUGAUGUCCCGAGUAAAACACGAAAAUCUUGUUAAGUUUAUUGGAGCUUGUAAGGAGCCGCUUAUGGUGAUAGUUACUGAGCUAUUACCUGGGAUGUCACUUAGGAAGUACCUGAUGAGUAUUCGUCCAAAUCCAUUAGAACUCCACGUAGCCAUUAAAUUUUCUCUUGACAUCGCUCACGCUAUGGAAUGUUUACAUGCCAAUGGGAUCAUACAUAGAGAUCUAAAGCCGGACAAUUUGUUGCUUACGGCGAAUCAGAAACAUGUAAAGCUUGCAGAUUUUGGUCUUGCAAGAGAAGAAACGGUUACAGAGAUGAUGACAGCAGAAACUGGGACUUACCGCUGGAUGGCUCCUGAGCUAUAUAGCACAGUAACUUUGCGACAGGGAGAGAAGAAGCAUUACAAUAACAAGGUCGAUGUAUAUAGCUUUGGGAUUGUCUUAUGGGAAUUAUUGACUAACCGCAUGCCCUUCGAAGGCAUGUCCAAUUUGCAGGCCGCUUAUGCUGCUGCUUUCAAGCAAGAGAGGCCUCUACUUCCGGAGGACAUAUCGCCCGAUCUUGCAUUUAUCAUUCAGUCCUGUUGGGUUGAGGACCCCAAUCUAAGGCCUACGUUCAGCCAGAUCAUCCGCAUGCUCAAUUCGUUCCUCUUCAAACUCUCACCACCCUCACCGCCGAUACCAGACACUGACAUGAAAGAAGCAGCAGCAAGUAACGGUACCAUGACUGAAUUAUCUGCCAGGACAAGAGGGAAGUUCGCCUUCCUCAGGCAACUGUUCAAUGCCAAGAGGACCAAGAGCUCACAGUGAGCAGGCAACAUAUUUUUGGAAACCAUCUUGUUCCAACUGAAAGGAACUAGGCAGACACACGAUCGUAGAUACAAUUUUAGUGAAUUCGUGAUCAAUCACUCGAAAAACGAUGAUAUGAUGUGCAAAAGACGAGAAAACACGAAAUCAAAUAGUGUUUGAUGGGUGGAAAAUUCAUCAAGAAAAUAAACAGAAAAAAAUUGAGGUUGGUUGUUGUGUAGGAGGUGACCUUAUUGUAAAGGAACAAUUUUCUCUUCUCAUCAAAUGGAACCCCUUCUUUUAUGCCAAA